AUGCGACGAUCUUCCAGUCGUUCUUCAAGUCGCGAGGGUAAGAAGAAGCCUCACGAUGAUCUUAAGACUGGAAAUGCGUCCUCAGACAUGGACGAAAUAACACUGGGAGCGGAAACAGCGGUGGCAAUGGAGAAACUCAAACAGCUUUCUUAUACCCGUCCGUUCCUCGCCAGUCGUCCAUCGAGUCCCGUUUCCCAGACAGCUGGACCAAGCGAAGUUGCAACCGUGAAAAUGAAAGAAGCCGAAAACACGAGUAUUGAUGUUGCAAAUCUACGUUUGUCGACUUCUGAAGAACUUGCCCAUACCGGUGUUUUUACCGGAGAGCCAGAAUCGUUGUCAGAGUCUAAUAACGAUACUCAAAGCAACGUGGUAGCAAAUGGAGAAGAGGUCAACGUUUCAAAGAUACCGGGCUUUUUAAUGUUAGAUGACAUUGUUCUCAGAAUGAUAAUCAACCUUUCCAGUGCUGAUUCAUCGGCAGACGAGAUCAAAAAACUUCUGCCGAAACAGCUUCUUUUUCCCAUGCUGCUAAUUUGUACCAGUGAAAACCUGUACUCUGCUGGACGAAACUCUUCUCGAAAGUUCGAAAAUGUCGUUGUUCUGAUUUAG